AUGGUGGCAAGCAGUCGAGUACAGCGGAUCUUCCGACGCUACAAACUAGCCAUUGCCGCCGCACUGACAAUUCUCCUCAUACAAGGACUCGUAGUAUGGAGUCUUCGUAGUUUAGAGGAGGGCGAGGCAGAGCUCUCCAGGACUAAUGAUGAGUUGGUGGCCUUCCUGUCGAAGCACAGAGACAAGAACUUCCUGAAGUCUCACGGACGUGAAAAUGCAAGGUUCAUCAAGAAGCAGGGCCUGGACCGCCUCUUCCACGAGUGUGAUAACCACAUGUGGCGUCUCGGGGAGCGAGGCGUCCCAGAAGGCCUUGAGGUGUCGGGAGGCUCCGAUUGGUUCGCCCUGACGCGGCACUUUGUGGAUUACGUGGUGACCUCACAGGACGCGCUGGUCGCGGGGCUCAAACAGUUCUACACAUACGCACUCCUGCCUGCAGAGUCGUUCUUCCACACAGUGCUGGGUAACAGUCACCUGUGUGAGACUCUGGUGGAUAAUAACCUGCGCGUCACGAACUGGAAUCGGAAACUGGGCUGCAAGUGUCAGUACAAGCACAUCGUGGACUGGUGUGGGUGCUCCCCCAACGACUUCAAGCCCCCUGACCUCGUCAGGAUCCAGCAACUGACUCGGCCCACCUUCUUCGCCCGCAAGUUUGAGUCGACGGUGAACCAGGAGGCGAUGGACAUCCUGGACACACACCUGUACGGGCAGUACCCGCCGGGCACGCGGGCGCUCAAGGCCUACUGGGAGAGCGUGCACGAGCGCGAGGACGGGCAGAACACACUCUCCGACGUGCAGCUCACCGCGUACACGUCCUUCACACGCCUGGGGCUGCACAGCCUGCAGGGCAAAGGGGCUGACUGCAAGUUUGAGCCCAUUGGCUUCCCCGCAUCCGUGCAUCUGUAUUUCUAUGACGACCGUUUCCAGGGUUACCUGGUGAAGCAGGAAGUGCAGACGGCGUCGGGUGGGCGGGACACCCUGGAGGUGUGGUCUGUUCCCCAGGCACCCCUGCAGCUGGAGAACAACCUGAGGGAGUUUGAGAGGCUCAAGCACCUGGAGGUGGGGACGGAGUGGGACCCUAAGGAGAGAAUCUUCCGGAACUUCGGCGGGGUGAUGGGCCCCCUGGACGAGCCGGUCGCCGUGCAGCGCUGGGCGCGGGGCCCCAACCUGACGGCCACGGUGGUGUGGAUAGACCCCGCCCACGUGGUGGCGGCCUCCUACGACGUCGGCGUGGAGGCGGAGGCGGAGUUCACGCAGUACCGGCCCCCGCUGCAGCGCCCCCUCAGGCCGGGAGUGUGGCACGUGCGCGUCCUGCGGCUGUGGGAGCGCAUGGCAGAGACGCGCUUCCUGGUCACGCCGCUGGCCUAUCGCACGCACCAGCCCUUCAAGACGGGAGAGCACGGGUGGCUCCACGCUGGUCCCGCGGGUGACCUCUACCUGGAGCAGAGUUUCCAGCAGCUCAGCUCCGUGCUCCGCCUCCCUGCCCUGGAGGCGGGGCUGCAGGAGGCCCGGGGCCACGCCCAGCUGCAGGGGGCGGAGCUAGAGGCCUGGGUGGACGGGGGCUUCUCGUCGUUCUGGUCCGCGGGCGGAGUGUGUUCGUCGUCGUCGGCGGCGGCGGCGGCGGGCUCCUCCUCCUGCGGCGCGCUGGGCUCCUGCACCGAGGCCUCCUGGAGCUCGAUGACCCCUGACCCCAAGGCGGAGCUCGGGCCAAUCAAGAGCGACGGGCGCAUCAGGUAGCCCCGCCCCCACAGAGCUGACAGGACAGGGCGGAGCUACCUGCUACCUACAGAGCCAGAGACUCAUGGGGAUUCAGAGGUCCAGAACUUGCGAGUGAACUUUGAACUUUAGCUGGUGUGUGUGUGUGUGUGUGUGUGUGUGUGUGUGUGUGUGUGUGUGUGUGUGUGUGUGUGUGUGUGUGUGUGUGUGUGUGUGGGGGGUGCAUUGGUGUUUCCCAAUGGGUACGAGUAUCCUACUUCCACUGAGGGGCGGGGCUGGCAUGUCUGAGUGACAGCGGCAAGGACCUAUGGAAUUUGCACAUGACUGCCAGACUCACAAGCUACUACUUUCUGUGUGUGUCUGUGUGUGUGUGUCUCCCUGUGUGUGUCUGUGUGUGUGUGUGUGUGUGUGUGUGUGU